AUGGAUUUGGAUUACUGUUUAAUUUGCGGAAAGCCUACCACUGGCAACCUUUACUGCUCUAGAGAAUGUCAUUUACAAGAUUGCCCCGGUUGCGACUCUCAAUCUGAGCAAUGCGCCUAUUCCCAUGCUGCUAGCCUUCACAUGCUUUCUUCACAAUACCUGGAUCACUUUCGUCGACGCUCCUCGAUGCCGUCGCCUUCUACUUCUUCUUUAUUGUUAAAUGGCUAUGCUUCUUCUCGGCUGGCCGUACUCUAA